AUGUUUGGGUGUCGGUAUCCUGGAGCACUAACUCACAAUUGGGGGCUCAAUGGAGAGUUUCCUACUGACGAUAACUAUCCAUCUGAUGUGACUGUUAUCCCACCGUCUGGUGAUACCCCAGCAACACUGACAAUCCCAGCCACAGCACAGUACAACAACACUGUUGUGCAGUGUGAGGCCUUGGUUAGAGACGGACGAGGCUUGUUUUGUACCCUGUUCCUCUCAGGUCUUCUUUCAGCUGUCUCCAACCUCCAUGCUCAGCCAUCAAGCACCAACAUCACAAUCACCUGGGAUGCCCCCUUCUCUCUUAACCUCACCACAGCUGAACCAGACAUACAGUAUUGUGUGGAUGUGUACAAUAGUGCCACUGGUGUUCUACUACACUCUGAGUGUGAUAUUAUUGAGGAACGCUACACCUAUUCCCCUAGCAACCCCUAUUCGUAUAUGUUCACAGUGACACCUAGGAGCAAUGUAGAUGGAGCUCUCAAUGGGACCACUGUGUUCGGAUGUAUACAAGAUGCACAGUCUCAGAACUUCACAAUUCAGCCAUUAUCAGUGAUACAAGCUGAAGGCCUGGAGGCAAUAUUUGAGUGUUUGUACCCUGGUGCCCUGAGUCACAGAUGGGGGGUCAAUGGAAUGUACCCAGCUGAUGAUGCGUUUCCACCUGAUGUAACUCGUACCCUACCGUCUGGUGAUACUCCAGCAAUACUGGCCAUCCCAGCCACACGCAAGUACAACAACACUGUGGUGCAGUGUAGGGCUGUGCUUGAUGUGGGAGGAGAUGCGCAGAUUGUGCAAACAUGUGAUGCUUUGUUGUUAGUACAAGGUCCAUUGGGUUCUGUUACUGGACUGACACUGGACAUGGUGACCUCAAACUUCAGUGACUCUCGCAUGGGAUGCCCCCUUCUCUUUUAACCUCACCACGGCUGAGCCAGACAUACAGUAUUGUGUGGAUGUGUACAGUUCCCUGGAGGACAACUGGUGGAGUCAUCAUGUGAUAUCAUCCGCACUAACUACACUUUCUCUACCAGUGAUCAAGACCAGUUAGUGUUUACAGUGACACCAAGAAGUAAUAUGGAGGGCAGUCUCAAUGGAACCUCCAAUGAACUAUUCGGACCUCCUUCGCAAGUUAACGAUACGAUUACUGACAUCUCACCAUCGUCAUCUCUUCCUGAGUAUAUUCAACCACCCUCUAUUUAUACAAUAGCAGUGUCUUCAGGUGUGACUGCUGUGGUAGUUCUACUCCUACUCUUAUUCAUCGCCAUUUUAACAGCUGUUGUCAUAGUGAAACAAAAACUAAGGAACCACAAUGAUGAUGUUGUUGUAUCAGAUGGAAGAGUGGAUUUAUCAUCAACAUUGCCAGGAAUUGAGCAGCCUAACGAAGCUCAUGCUCCAGUGCUCAAUAAGAACAUUGCUUAUGAGCAGACACGGAUACCAAGACACAAUGAACACACCACCACCAUCGUCACCACGGUAGUAGCAAUGGGGGAUGAGAACACUGAGCCAAGCCAUGAGUACGAAGAAGUAUUACCUCAGGGACAUUUUUAGAACAUUAUAUAAUGUUAGUUGUCCAAAAUAGGCACGUAAAAUAAUAUUAAU